GACCCGAGCUGCCCCCGUGCAGGGGCGGCCGCGCGUACCUGACUGUGGAGCCAGGGCCAGCCCGGCCGGCCGCGAGGGCUCGCUCGCUCGCUCGCUCUUCCGCGCUCCGGGCACUUCCUGGAUCUGCAGGGCUCAGCCCGACCUGCAGCUCACGCCUGCCGGAGCGCUGGAGCUCCUCUCUAAUGAGCAACUCGUGCCCAGCGAUACGCGCCGCCACACAGGAAAUCGCUUUGCGUUGUUAAAGAGCGGAGUCAUGGCAUUUUAAGGAGACGCGGUCCGGGCGGAAGAGAGUGGACAGUGAUGACCGGCCAAUGGAAACGAUGGAGGAAAAGAAAGUGAUGUCGGACUGCGCCGCUGGCGUGUGGUCGGGCAGCCUGUUCCUCUUCCUGUGCUCGUGCUCUCGGGAGGAGGAUCUCACCGCGCUGUUCAGGGACCCAGAGAAGAGGUUCGCGGUGUUCAAAGCCGUGAAGCUGACGCUGUCAGAUGCGGCAGGUGGCCUGGAGGGGUACGAGAUUCUGAAGCUGCACGAUGCCCAGCCCAGCCUGGGCAUCCAGAUCAAGUUCAUGGAUGAGGGGGUGUGCAGGAAGUUCCUGCAGAGCUACGCCAGCGGGCUGGUGCAGCAGUUCUUUGGCCAGCACCUGAGCCGGACACUGUCCGGCCUGAAGGAGCCCACCUUCGAGACCCAGCUCAAAGCUGGGAGUGAGACACUGGACAACUGCCUUCCAGAUGUGGAUCUUUGCCUCCAUCAUGUUAACAGGGCACAGCCGGACCGGCUACAGGAUGAGGAGGUGUCCGAGCUGGAGCAGCAGCUGCAGAGCCUGGUCCUCGGGGACAGAGAGCCCCCCUCCAGCGCCCAGCCCCUGGUCUCCGUAGGGGGAGACACCCAGCUGCCCAGCAACUCCUUCCUCUUCCAAAACAGGAUGUUCGGUGACAGGCAGCUGACGACGGCCGACCAGCAGGGCUUUGCAAGUCACAUCGGAAAGGACUGGAAGAAAGUGGGGCGCUCCCUGCAGAGAAGCUGCAAGGCGCUGAAGGGCUCGGCCAUCGACAACCUGGCCUACGAGUACGAGCGGGACGGCCUGUAUGAGCAGGCGUACCAGCUGCUCAGCAAGUUCAUCCAGGCAGAGGGCAAGGCUGCCAAGCUGAGCCGCCUGAUCAGAGCCCUGGAGGAGAACAAGCUCAUCGGCAUUGCAGAAAUCCUGCUGGACGUCCAGCCCCAGGAGUAACUGCCCGCCGACUGUGUGCCAGAGCAAAACCCAUCUGGCAUAUCGCAUGCCUCUCAGCGACGUUUUCACCCUUUCUUAUUUUUUGUAGGUGGUAGAGAUGCCCAGUGUACUUGCGGCCAGUUUGCACAAUGUCCCGGCCAUUAAGGUGCCGUGGCGAGAUGUGAAAAAAGUCUGACGUCCUUCUUUAGGGGAGAAAGGCACAGAAUUAUGAAGGAGGCAUAAAAAAAGAAAUUCUGCUCGGUUAUUCCAGUUUAAAAAGCCUUUCAGUGUCAUUGUUCAUUACUGUUAUAACAUUGUGCCAAGUUAAUUUUUACACCCAGUAUGUGCGUUCAGCUGUGGAACUGUUGCUGCAGCUGUAGCCAAAGGGAAUAUUACCUCCUUUAUGUAAAGAUUUUUGGGGAACAAAAAAAUGAUGUAAAGUGAAUAACUAAAAAUGAAGCUAAAGAGAACUCCCAUUGUGCCUCGGGUCAUUUAUGCUGUAAAAGAGACCAGAGAGGAUACUGGUGCUAAAUCAAAUGAAAACUGGUUUAGGCUUCAGCUGUCCUGAACCACAACUACUGGGAAGUUCAUUCUCUUAUUUCCUCUUCUUCGCUGCACUGGAAGGAGGAUUUUCCCCUCAGGAGCAGAACUCCAGCUGUUGGGACAUUCUGGAGCCAUGACUCCCAGCUGUGUUACUGGAACACGACUCAGUGUAUUUGAAACACUGCAGUACGUCUUUCAGUCUCUGACCUCUGUGAUUUACAAAAGUGCAACUGAAUCCUUGCAUGUAAAAAUUAGUGGGUCUCAAAUUGUUCUCUGAGGUUGGAGUUUAACCUGGGUUUGGGCAUGAAAGAUAUUUGAAUCUGGAAGUUGUUUUGGAAGAAUAUGUAAGGUGAGAUUUUUAAUUAAAAAUUGUAAGGAAAAUAAAGGAUCUUCAUGUA